CAUCAUUCAUGCGCGUUCUACACUCAGUCACUGCUUUGCGCUUGGAUCACCAUUGAUCUGCAUUUACCGUAAAACUAAAAAGCGACGGUCACACACUAAUACACUGAGGUUGCCAUACAGUUCCAGCUACGCUAACGCGCUAAAGCGCAUUUUCUUGCCUUACCCUUCCAGCCAACAUGCGAGCCACGCAAGCGUACUUACUGCUGUAUAAUGCGUUCCAAGCUUGCGGAUGGGCCGUCAGCCUGGGUUGUUUGGCGUAUGGCCUCCUCCAACGGGAUUCCCCGGAGCAGCUGUACGACAGAGCCGCUCCAUUUACCAAGUUCUUCCAGGGCUUGUCCCUGCUUGAAACCCUGCACGCGGCCGCCGGUCUGGUCCCCUCCAGCCCCCUGCUGGCGCUCAUGCAGUGGGCGGGCAGGAGCAACGUGCUGUUUCUCAUACUGGAUCCCAUCACCGAGUUGCACGCCAGCUGGUGGGCCGCUGUGCUGCUGGGCGCGUGGGCCGCCGCGGAGGUGGUGCGCUACCCGCACUACGUGGCCACCACUGCUGCGGCCGCCGCGGGCAGGGGCGGAGCCUGCCCGGGCUGGCUGACAUGGCUGAGGUGGGGCGGGUGGUGUGUGUGGGUGGUCAAGAUAGACCGAACCAUAGGACACCAUGAAUGGUGGGAUGGGUGGGUGGUACGGCUGUCGAGGCUCGGGAAGAGAAGGGCGUGGCAGCUGGCAUGCGGGAUGGAUGGACACGGGUUUGGGGCCCAAGCGGCCCAGCGGAGGAGCAGCAAUGGCGCUGCUGGUGAUAGUAAGGGAGGCUGGUGGGCUGGAGCAAUGGCAAUGGCAGCCCGUCGCGGCUGCAUGUGUACAUGGCGGCGGUGCUUGUAGCUGCUGCUGCGGUCGGCUAUCUCUGCCCCACCUUGUAGCAAGGAUACAAUGUACUCCGCCUUCCUGCCGCUGUUCCCAGUGGGUGUGGCGGCGGAGAUGGCGCUCAUGGCCGCCUCGCUGCCGCAGCUGAGGGAGAGCGAGCGGCUGUCGCUGAGCAUGCCCAACAGCCUCAACUGGGCCUUCAGCUACCACCGCUUCAUGCAGGUGGUUCUUGUGGUGUAUCCCUUCCUGUGGUGGCAGCUCUACUCGUCGCUGCUGCGGACACGUGCCAAGAAGCUCAAGUAGUGGUGGCAUGCAUGUACGGCUGGUCCCGACUACUACAGGACUACCGGUACGGCAGCUGACUGGCGCAUGUGCGUACGGCAGGAGAUCCCAUUGUGUGGCCAUGUAGGUGGCGGGCACACGUGCAUGUGACCGUGGAUGUGGCGGGCACAUUUGCGUGUGGAUGACCACCAGCGGGUGCCGGCAAGCAGCUAGCCGCUGCAUGCAUGUGCUGUCCUGGGCAGGCGGGCAGGUCAUGCGGUUAUGUGGAGCUGUGACGUGAUCAAGUGUCCUCUUGGGUGGACCUCUUGGGUGGACUGGCACGUCAUCAUGCAAGUGGUGGCAACUUGGAAAGCACGUGACAUGAAAGCCAUGACAUGACCCCCUGUAGCUGCCGUCAUGGCUUGCAAAAUGUACCGGUAGCUGAGCCGUGACUACGGGGUAUGCACAUGUUGCUGAUGGGUUAUGCACAUGUUGUUGAUGGGGUAUGCACAUGUUGUUGAAGAGAUGGAGACCGCGUGCGUGCAUUGUGCGAUUCCGUCGCACACAGUGCAAGGCAGGAGCUAGCUGAUAA